UCAGCGAAUCCCGCCCUCCAGCGGCCAGCCAGAAUCGUUCGGAAGUCGUUAACAUGCGCGGACAAAACAUCGUCCUCCUGCUGUUUGCCCUGCUCUCCGUCGCAUUCGCCACGCCUGUCGCACCCCCUGGAGCAAGCAGACCAGGCAUGCCACUCCCACUCGUGGCAGGCUACCGUCGACCCGUCAGCCAGCCCACCGAGCCCUACCGUCCGCGGUGGUUGGCGGGCGGACUCGGCCAGGUUUCACUUCGAAGUGGUGUAGCACGGGAAAUGGCCGUCGAGAUCAGAGGGAAGCUUAUACAUUAUUGUAAUAUAAUAAAUCCGCCAGAUGGAGUGUAGACCAGGGUACCUGCGCGAAGUUUGUGGUAUGGCUUGGUCGUGUAACGCGGUUGCUUGCCUCGCAUGAUACAUGGCACCCACUUCUCGUUUUACCCUGCGUGACUCGACGUUGCUCUUCGUGUGUUCGGUAUGAGAACCUUCCGUUCACUGUAUCCUUCUCGAUCACCAUGCACAGACCUGACUCGUAAGC